AAGGGCAAAGUGGGGCUUAUAAAAAGAGUACCUCCCCGUCAGAGUUCCUUAGAGAAGAGAUGGGCUCCAUCAUGGCAUUCCUCUUGCUCACCUGUGGUCUUUUACUAUUGUUGCCUGAAGCUGUGGUUGGUGGUGCCUGUGUCUGCCCAUUUAUUUACAACGGUAAAUCCUAUUCCUCUUGCACCAAUGAUAGCUCUAUUGGGAUGUGGUGUGCCACAGAAGUUGACCCUGACACGAAAGAAAUGAUCAAACAUAAAUGGAAAAAUUGUAAUACUAAAGAGCAUGGAGGUAAUCAUCAAGGACAACCCUGUGUCUUUCCCUUUGUGUACAUGGGCCGUUCCUCCAAAACCUGCAUCAAGAAAUUUGCGAUGGAUUACUGGUGUGCAACAACAGGGAACUAUGACAAGGACAAGAAAUGGAGCUGGUGUGCUGAUACCAGAAGUCCUCCAAGUGUCGGCUGUAAACAUCAAUGAUUCCUGUUAUCCAGUUUGGAUCACAACAGGUGGAUGGGUCAAUGAAAGACCACUGGGUGCGCCGACUAGAAGCCUUACUUAGUGGGUUGUGCUGCAAAUAAUUUAGAAGAAUUAUGACCCUGCUCCCAAUAUAUAAAGUCUGACCCUAUAUAACCCUGAUGGUGGCCUAAUAAUAAAUAAGAUGUGGCAGUGGGAGAUUAUUAAUCUUUGUCAAACUGUAUCUUUGUGCUACAAAAAUAAAACAUUUCUUUUAGUUUGCUG